AUGGGGAUGGAAUUUGUUUUCGUCAACGUUCAGAAACCAAGCGAUGCCCUUCAGCUCGCCAAAGAACCCCAGGUCCGGUCCCACGUGACGCGUUAUCAAUGGAAGCAAGCGCGUCGAGAUAAGCGACUCCAGAAGAAGAAGUUGCAGCUUGUUGCACAAGAUGUGAAUGGCGCUGAAUGUCGAACAGGCUUCGAGUUCAAUGUAUUCACACUGGGAACAGGCUGCAUCUCGCCUCAAAUAGGCGGACUCAGAGUUGACCCUUUCCAAUCAUAUCCUAUCUCGGUUCAACCUUGGACUCCGCUGCUAGUCGAUCACUACUUGAUACACAUGGCAGUUGAUAUUCCUGAGCUUGACCUGCCUGGGAACCACGGCCUAUUGAGGACCCUUUGGUUUCCAUUAGUGAUGACCGAGCCCGCUUUGUUCUCUGUCAUUAUUCUUCUUGCUGCAUCGCAUUAUGCCUCCUUACAGAGUGACCCUGGGAGUAUGAAAAUCGACCUUCUCGGCCUUCGCCAUGAGGCUGUACAAUCCAUCAAUCGCUGUCUUGAUGCUCGGCGGCCAGAGAUUAUAAAUGAUGCUUUGAUAGGGGCCAUAGCAAAGAUGGCUAGCUACGAAGCCAUGUUCGGUAGUCUCGAGAAUUACGACAUCCACAUGCAGGGUCUCACACGGGCCAUUGGUUUACGGGGGGGCCUAACAUCACUGGGAUUAAACGGCUUGCUCCAUCGGAUCGUGGUUUGGAUCGACUGCAAUGCCGCUUUUUUACAAGGAUCGGCGAAAUAUUACCUUGUGGAUACUUCUGUGCCGGGUGAACCUCCUCCAGAUCCGAAUCCGGGUCAAUUUCUAGGAAGCUCCUGA